AUGGAGGACCAACUGCAGUCUCUUCGACAGCAGUACAUUGAGAACAAGGACUCGACCAACACGACGACCAACACGACGACCACCACGAGAUCCAUUGUGGAUACAGUAGGCAUGCCUCCCGUGUGGCGUGACAUGGCGGCGACCCAGCAGCUUCGACGAGAGAAGGCAGAGCGGGAGAACGCGCGGCUCAAGCUGGUGCUGGAAAGCCAGAUCAAGCUGGCCAAGAGUAUGGAGGCGGUGAUGCAGAGGCGAACGCGGCAGCAGUUGGCGGGGUUCAAUGGGGUCGUGGCUGACUCAGUCGGCAGUGCGCCAGGCUCGACGUGGGACCUUCUACUGGACAAAGAUACCUACGAUACGCUGCUGGCUCGCGCAGACGCCGCGUACGGCGAAGUGGACGACGUGCUCGCUGCCAACGGACUCAAGCACCUGGAGACGGCGUGCACCAACGCGCAAAUGCGCGAAGGCCCCGAGGGGAUGUACGUCGACAUCUUCACCAACAAGAUGCUACCGUUCGACUUCAACACGGCGGCAGAGGCAGUGUGGAGCCACUUCCGCGGCAGUGAGAAGCACCGAGGGAAUCUGUACGAGAACUUCUCCAAGGACGUUGAGUCUUCAUCCGAUACGGUUGCGGAAAUGUUCGCAAUCGAGUUCAUGGCGAACGACAUGGCUGCAGAUUUCCGCGUCAAGCAGGUCGUGCGCCGCUACAUUGAGGAUGAUCGACAGGUGGUGGUGUGGGUCUCGACGGCAUCGGCGCUCGAGAACUCCAAGUCGCCGUUUUCCAGUUUCGGGUUCCGCGAGAAGGGCUACGUGAUCAGUAAGCGCGUGCGAGGCCGUGACGAUUUCUCCAUGUUCCAGACGUGCUGCUUGGUGUCGCCGCAGAUGUCCGAGGGCGGCACAUUCGACCUGUCGACCGUCGGUGCCUUCACGGAGUUCGUACUGGGCUUCAUGUUCGCCACCAUCACAUCCAGCCAGCAGCUCAUCGAAAAUGUCCUGAUGGACCAGUCGCUACACCCCAAGCCAAAGGAGGAAGCCACCGCAAAGCCGUAA